AUGGAUAAUGCUAUUGAAUUGGUCAACAGGUUAUCAAGUCAAAUAUCUAACACGCAUCUAAAAUUUAAUCAAUUAUAUCAUUCCACAGGUGGAUAUGAAUGUAAAGGAAAUAUGAUUGAUGAACUCUGUGACCAAAAUUAUAAUCUUAUUUCGCCAAUUACUAAAAAGUCAAUCAGAGGUUCAGUCACACCAAUAGGGACAUUGCAAGUGUCAACUCCUAAAUUAAAUUACGCCUUAAAGUAUAUUCCACCAAUGCAGUUUAGAGCGGCUUGCAGUGUGAAUCAAUCAGAGUUGGAUACAUGGAAUUUAAAGGUUCCAAUUGAGUUGACACUACGUGUUCCUCAAGUGUUAUUUGGAAAGAAGAAAAAAGUUCCGACUAUAAAAUCUAUUGAAAGUGAUUUAGUCGUUCACUCCAUAAAAUCUGACAAUAAUCCUAUACCAAUUGAGAUCACUCAUGAUUUGUUAUUCAGAAACGAAGUAAAUACGGAUAGUGCAUUGAACGACCGUGGUUUACGUGAUCUGGAUGAUUUUUCAGCUAUUGUUAAGUCACAGUUUAAAAGUUACUGCACCGAAAUACAGAGAAUAUUUACACAAUUACCGCCAGAUGUUUUUAAACUUGAGAGUGAGCUAGUAAAAGAUAUUAAAUGCCUCUCUUCGCUCAAGGAAAAACAUAUGAAUUUACAGAUCGAAGAUUUGCAAUAUCAAGUUCCCGGUGAAAACGUACAAUCAGCUAAUUCCAAAAACUUGUCAAACUUGAAUUGGACUCCUCAAGUCGCUAACGAGGAAGAUCCGACUCAAUUGGAAUAUAAAUGUAAGUUUAGUUUAUUUUUGAACGUUGCGAAAGCUCAUCUUAAAGUAAUUGGAACCUUUAAGAAUGCUAAUGCAUUCGAUACAUUUUGCUUAGUUCCUAGUUUUCAAUCUUGUUAUAUAGGUCGAUUUUACUAUUUGAAAAUCAAUAUUUCUCUUUCAAAUGGAGAUAGUGUCCAUUUAAAAGUUCCAGUUGAUUUUGAAAAAUAG